AUUGGUACCUUUAUGUCUGCUGUAGGUAAUCUACAACGGCAUUAAAGGGGUUAAUAUCUAGUCCAAAGUUCUCAAAGUGCUAGGUCGAGUAAUGUGGGCAAACAACUAUCUUGUAGACUAGUAGGCGAAUGGCUUGCGAUCAGUCUUAUGUCAUAGGACCAUAAUUAUUUAAUUAUAUCUCUUUAGGUCCAAUUAAGAUGAGUUGUUUACAAUUUGUGUGUUUGCCUUUUCCUUAUAGUACAGAUCAGUUUCGACCAAGCGGAGGUUUGUGGUUGUGGUGCGACGCAAAAACUUCACGUGAAUGUCUAGCUUGCACUGUCUUUGUUUCCAUGUUUUCGUUCUUUACACACACUUUAUUACUGGUUAUGGCUUCUAAUUAAAUGUUUAUUUCCGCGAUUUGUUAUUAAUAUGAUUUCAUCAUUCAAUCGCCAUUACAGAUUCAUGAAAAAUGCAUUUGAAUUAACAGAAUGCAAUCAAUGUGCCUACAGCGCGCAGACUGGUUUGCGCUCGCGUCAUUUUGCAAUAGUUUCUUAGUAAUCCGUUGGCGGAGACACGCUACGCUCGUGCCGGCCUUCGAGCGAUUCUCUCGUUAGCAAUCCGCGUUUUAUAAUUUUUAUUGUUAUGUGCCGUCUGCUCUAUGCGUCAACUAAAGCGCCUGCUGCCGACGCUGUCGCGCAAAGACAAGAGCCCGCGCACACGCACCUCGUGGUACGCGGAGUGCGGCGCCAGCGACACCGCCUCCGUAAACACCUCUAAUACCUGCUGGUACGCGGAAGCAGGGCUGUACCAAGUGGGCAACGUGUCGUCGUCAUCGGGAGCGUCGUCGGGCUCGCACCCCGCGUCGCCGCUGCCGCACUCGCUGUUCACGCACGAGCCGCUCUACCAGUUCUACAACGCGGCUAAAGUCGAGUCGGUGUGUCGUGAAACGGGAGAUUCAGAUUCGGACGCGUACGAAGCGAGCGGUGCGGGCGCGGGCCCCCCACCGGCCCCCGCGCCCCCUCUCGUGCCCGACGCGUCGGUGCCCCCGCCGCUGCCCGUGAGGCCCUCCGCGAUGGCCCUCGUGGCCCCCAGGGGCCCCGCACGGACUCUCUGGUGUGAGGUGCCGGAGGUCGUCAAUUCUGCUGUACUGAGUUCCUUGGCGCCCGCGCAGAAGCGCCUGCAAGAGGCGAAGUUCGAGCUGCUGACGUCAGAGGCGUCCUACCUGAACUCGCUCAACGUUCUAGAGGCGCAUUUCGUGGCGCACCCCGCCUUCCGCGAACCACAUAUACUGUCCCGGGACGACUGGGACACGCUGUUCGCGACCAUACUGCCUGUGCGCAAGUGCUCGCAACUCCUGAUGAACGAGCUGGAGAAGUGCUGGCAGGACAACAUCCUUCUAGCUGGCAUCUGCGACAUCGUGCGGGAACACGCCGAGCGGCACUUCGCCGUGUACGUCAAGUACUGCGAGCACCAAGCGCUUAUGGUGCGCGCGCUGCAGCGGCUGAGAGAAAAGCCGGCGUUCGCUGCAGCGCUGAAGAGACUGGAGAGCCACCCGGCGUGCCAGUCGCUGUCGCUGCACAGCUUCCUGAUGCUGCCGAUGCAGCGGGUCACGCGCCUGCCGCUGCUGCUGGACGCCGUGCUCAAGCACCUGCCGCCGCAGGAUCCCGAGUACCAGGGCUGCAUGCUGGCGCUCGCCACUCUCAACGGAUUCGUAUCACAGUGCAACGAGGGCGCUCGGAAUACCGAGCGAGUCGAGGAGAUGUUCCGACUCGCUCAGAUCAUCGAGUUCCCGCCGCACAUCCGCGACUCGCCACUCCUGGGCCCGGCCUGCGGGCGACGGGAUAGAAGGCCGGUGCGCUGGCUGGUGCGGUCGGGCGAGAUGACGCAGCUGGUGUGGAAGGCGGACGAGCUGAAGCUGACGUUCGGCAAGAAGUUCCACAAGCUGCCGCUGCACCUGUUCCUCUUCAACGACCUGCUCGUCAUCACCAAGAAGAAGAGCGAGGAGUCAUACGUAGCCGUGGACCACUGCGCCCGCUCACUACUGGAGGUGUGCGGCAGCGACGGCGGCGCGGCGGCGGCAAGACACGCGCUGCUGCUCACGCUGCUCGAGAACCACGAGGGACGCACCGUCGAGAUGCUGAUGUCGUGCCCGAGCGAGACGGACGCGUCGCGCUGGAGCGAGGCGCUGGCGCCGCCGGCCGAGGGAGCGGAGGGCGAGGCCGUCUACGCCGGCUGGGACUGCCCGCAGGUGGCCGCGCUCUACGCCUACCGCGCCGCCCAGCCCGACGAGCUGCCGCUGGCCGAGGGAGACAUCGUCAACGUCACGCGCAAGACCAGCGAGGGUUGGUACUACGGCGAGCGCACACGUGACGGCGAGGCGGGCUGGUUCCCGGGCGCGUAUACGGCGGAGAUCGCGUCGCCUCACGUGCGCGCGCGCAACCUGCGCCAGCGGUACCGCCUGCUCGCGCUCUCCGCCACCUACCUCGCGCACAAGCGCCGCCCACUUUGAGACAAGCCACGCCCACUGGAUUUGACAGCUGAACGGAUCGCCAACACUGUCGAAUAUAUAGUUAGCGCCGCUCUGAGGGAAGCCACGCCCACACUGGAUUUGACGGAUGAACGGAUCGCCAAUA